AUGGAGGUCCUUCCCGCGGGCGGGACGCAGGACCCGCUGCAAGCCGAGGCGGCGGCGGGGCGCUCGGCAGCCGAGGGCGACGAGGAGCCGCAGCCCCACGGCCGCACGAGCCGCACGGCGUCCCUAGUGAGCGGGCUGCUCAUCGAGCUUUACAGCUGCACCGAGGAGGAUGAGGUGGCAGCCGGCGGGGACCGUGCGUCCCGGGGUCGCCCCCCGCGCAGCGACAGCCUGGAUAGUUCCACCGAGACCUCGGGUUCCGACGUAUUCCUGGGAGGUCGCGGCGUGGGCGACUCCCGAGUGCUGCAGGAGCUGCGGGAGCGGCCGAGCCUGCGGCUUCAGAUGCAGUACCUGCGGCAGAAAGACACUAGUGAGCUGAAGACAAUCCUCCGCGAGCUGAAGUACAGGAUUGGCAUCCAGUCGGCGAAGCUACUCCGGCAGCUGAAGCAGAAAGACAGACUCCUGCAUAAAGUUCAGAGGAACUGCGACGUUGUGACAGCCUGCUUGCAGGCUGUGUCGCAGAAGAGAAGAGCUGACACAAAAUUGAAGUUCACACUUGAGCCAUCUUUAGGCCAAAAUGGGUUUCAGCAGUGGUAUGACGCUCUCAAGGCAGUUGCCAGACUGUCGACAGGGAUCCCAAAGGAGUGGAGGAGAAAGGUCUGGCUGACCUUGGCAGAUCAUUAUCUGCACAGUAUCGCCAUCGACUGGGACAAAACCAUGCGCUUCACUUUCAAUGAGAGAAGCAAUCCCGAUGAUGACUCAAUGGGGAUCCAGAUCGUCAAGGAUCUGCACCGCACGGGCUGUAGCUCCUACUGUGGCCAGGAGGCCGAGCAGGACAGGGUGGUCUUGAAGCGGGUGCUGCUGGCGUACGCCCGGUGGAACAAGAAUGUCGGGUACUGCCAAGGCUUCAACAUCCUAGCUGCUCUGAUUCUGGAAGUGAUGGAGGGCAAUGAGGGAGAUGCCCUGAAAAUUAUGAUUUACCUGAUAGACAAGGUACUUCCCGAGAGCUACUUUGUCAAUAAUCUUCGGGCACUGUCUGUGGACAUGGCUGUCUUCAGAGACCUCUUGAGAAUGAAGCUCCCCGAGCUGUCUCAGCACCUUGAUGCUCUUCAGAAAACGGCAAACAAAGAGAGCGGAGGUGGCUAUGAGCCCCCGCUCACCAACGUCUUCACGAUGCAGUGGUUUCUCACUCUCUUUGCCACGUGCCUCCCUAACCACACGGUUUUGAAGAUCUGGGACUCAGUCUUCUUUGAAGGCUCGGAGAUCAUCCUGAGGGUGUCGCUGGCUAUCUGGGCAAAGCUGGGAGAGCAGAUAGAGUGUUGUGAAACCGCAGAUGAAUUCUACAGCACCAUGGGGCGUCUCACCCAGGAGAUGCUGGAAAACGACCUCCUGCAGAGCCACGAACUCAUGCAGACUGUUUAUUCAAUGGCUCCGUUCCCUUUCCCACAGCUGGCGGAGCUGAGGGAAAAGUAUACGUACAAUAUCACACCAUUCCCAGCCACAGUUAGGCCCAUGCCAGUUUCCGGGCGACACGGUAAGGCCAGAGAUAGUGACGAAGAGAAUGAGCCCGAUGACGAGGACGCCAUUGCUAGUGCCGUGGGAUGCCUCGGGCCUUUCAGUGGGUUCCUGGCACCUGAACUGCAAAAAUACCAAAAGCAGAUUAAAGAAGCGAGUGAGGAACAGAGCCUGAGGUCCAACAACAUUGCGGAGCUGAGCCCCGGAGCCAUCAAUUCCUGUCGAAGUGAAUACCACGCAGCCUUCAACAGUAUGAUGAUGGAGCGGAUGAGCACAGACAUCAGCGCCCUGAAGAGGCAGUACUCUCGCAUCAAGAAGAAGCAGCAGCAGCAGCUCCACCAGCUGUACAUCAGGGCAGACAAAGGACCAGUCACCAGCAUCCUCCCGUCUCAGGUAAACAAUUCUCCAGUGAUAAAUCACCUUCUUCUAGGGAAAAAGAUGAAAAUUACAAACAGAGCGACCAAGAAUGCAGUCAUUCACAUCCCCGGCCAUACAGGAGGUAAAAUGUCUCCUGUCCCCUAUGAAGACCUCAAGACCAAGCUCAAUUCUCCAUGGCGGACUCACAUCAGAGUCCACAAAAAGAACAUGCCACGGACCAAGAGCCAUCUGGGCUGUGGGGACACCGUAGGGCUGAUUGAGGAGCAGAACGAAGGCUGCAGAGCCAGCAGCCUUGGGGCAGCUGAGGCGUUUCCCUCAAGCUGUGCAGCCACAGCUCAUGGUGAGGGCAGCAGCAGCUGUGCCGGUGGCACUCCGAGGACAAUCGAAGGGCAGUCGCCCGAGCCAGUAUUUGGGGAUGCUGAUGUUGUCGACGUGGCUGCAGUGCAGGUGAAAUUAGAAGCCUUGGAACUGAACCAAAGGGAUGCCGCUGCCGAGACUGAGCCCAAGGCGCACCUCCCCUGCCAGCAGCAUGCCCCAGAGUCAGUGUGUGGCCCUGGGGAAAACCAGGCUCCCAGCAAUCCUCUCCCUGUCAGCCAUUCAAAAGCCCCCAUCUUCAGCCCUUUUCCUAGCGUCAAGCCGCUCCGAAAGUCAGCCACGGCCAGGAAUUUGGGGUUGUACGGCCCCACAGAAAGAACCCCAACCAUGCACUUCCCUCAGAUCAGCAGGAGCUUCAAUAAGUCGGCCAUUGGGAGCAGCAGCAGCACCAAGAAGCGAUGAUGAUGAUGAUGAUGACGUCUCCCAGUGGCUCGGCGUCUGGACUCUCGUGGCAUGGCGACAUUAGCAUGCCGGCCAUACCCUUCCUGUUCUGUUUGUCCAGUGAGAACGAAUCGAGAGGCUAGUAGCCGAGCACUGACAGCCCAUCAAGGUGGGAACCGGAAGUGUCAUGGUGGGAACCAGGGUAGGGACCUUUCCUACCCACUAGGUAGCUGGUAAGGUGGAUUCUCGUGACUAAAUAAAUUGUGUGCUUCUUAA